GGCCGGGCCGCGCAGCCGCUCUGUGCCUCGGCGUCCCAAGAUGGCGGCCAGGUGCUCCUCACGCUGGCUGAGCGCGGCGGCCGGGAGGAGCCGGGGCUUCGGCGGAGACACGCGGCUGCUGGUGGUGUGGCUGGGCCGGCGGCUAAGCACGGCCCCUGCCGCCUUCCCGCCGCGCGCCGGGCCAGGGAGCCGCCUCCUGACACUGAGCGCCGGGGUCAGCCCCGCGGGAACUAAAUGCUCUCCUUUAAUAUGUGCUGCCUCAUUUCAUACCAGUUCUGCUUUCUACGCCAAAGAAGAUUACUACCAGAUUUUGGGAGUGCCUCGAAAUGCCACUCAGAAGGAGAUCAAGAAAGCCUAUUACCAGCUUGCCAAGAAAUACCAUCCCGACACAAAUAAGGAUGACCCCAAAGCUAAGGAGAAGUUCUCUCAGCUGGCAGAAGCCUAUGAGGUGUUAAGUGAUGAAGUGAAGCGAAAACAAUAUGAUACUUAUGGUACAGCUGGUUUUGACACUGGCUCAGCGGGUGCUGGACGUCAGUAUUGGGGUGGUGGUCCCACCAUUGACCCAGAGGAACUUUUCAGGAAAAUCUUUGGGGAGUUUUCAGGAUCCCCUUUUGGAGAUUUUCAGGGUGUCUUUGACCAGCCACAGGAGUACAUCAUGGAGUUGACAUUCAAUCAAGCUGCAAAAGGUGUUAACAAGGAGAUUGUGGUGAAUAUCAAUGACUCUUGUCAGCGGUGUGAUGGCAAGGGGCAUGAGCCUGGUACUAAAGUGCAGCACUGUCACUACUGCAAUGGCACUGGCAUGGAGACAAUAAAUACAGGCCCUUUUGUGAUGCGUUCUACAUGCCGGCGAUGUGGAGGUCGUGGUUCUGUUAUGACAACACCGUGUGUGUUGUGUCGCGGCUCAGGGCAAACCAAACAGAAGAAGAAUGUGAUGGUCCCUGUACCAGCAGGUGUGGAGGAUGGACAGACUGUUCGGAUGCCCGUAGGAAAAAGAGAAAUUUUCAUUACGUUCAGGGUUCAGAAAAGCCCCGUGUUCAGAAGAGAUGGAGCAGAUGUACACUCAGACCUCUUUAUCUCGAUAGCACAGGCAGUUCUUGGAGGUACAGCCAGAACUCAGGGUCUAUAUGAGACCAUCAAUAUCACGAUACCGCCUGGUAUUCAAGCAGACCAGAGGAUUCGAAUGAGCGGGAAAGGCAUUUCCAGGGUUAACAGUUAUGGUUAUGGAGACCACUACAUUCAUAUAAAGAUCAGGAUUCCUAAGAGGCUGACAGAUCGCCAGCGAGCCUUAAUGAUGAGCUAUGCCGAGGAUGAGACGGAUGUGGAAGGGACAGUGAAUGGAGUCACAAAUACAUCUGCUGGCCCUCUGAUGAAGUGGCAGGGUGGAUCACUCCAACUGCAACAGAGAAGACCACCAGUACUCUGUUCUUUCUUUCCCAUAGAUCAUGUUUUUAUCAGCAGCACUGCAGAGAGUUGGCUUUUGGUGGCAAUCUUUAUCUGGCACCUCAUGUUCACAGCCCUUUUGAGUGCCUCAGAAUGUAGCAAACAAAGCAUAUCUUAAAAUAGACAGGCCCAGUGACUUCACAUAUACACAAGUCAGUAAGUUCCCUACGUGGUGUGGUUUUUAUCCUCACUGCUUAAGAUAUGGAUAUCUCUCCUCUUGAUCUGCACACUGAUGGAGGAGAGAUUGCAGGUCUAGUGAGUUGGUUCCCUCCAAAUGCAUGUGGUGGCUUUCCUAAGGAUAGGUCCAGCAGCUGACUUUAUCUCCACUUCCUCUAGCUGAACUUUCCCUCCCCUUAUUUACUGUACGGUACAGGAAUCCAUUGGAAAAAUGAGCCUUGUCUCUGAUACAUGGGUAAUCGUUCUUCAUUUAUGGUAGCAUCUGUCACGCUUCAGAGCAACUGCACUUGUAUUCCCGCUGUAUGGUCCAUCAAGGGCACCCACACUCAGGCCGCUGGGUCCCCAGCCAUCACACCCCUCACUCGCUCCCGACCGGGUUUUUCCAGGCUGCACAGGUCUCUGCCUACACUGAUACUCCAAGCAAGCAGACUGCCUGUCCAUGCCAGUGUCUGCGCUUUGAUUUCUCUCUGAAAGCUUUGAACAGUGUGAUUGCCACCAGUCACACGUUACCACACAGUGCUUUCUAAGCAAGCACUUUAAGGUGAAAACAUAUUAAAACAAUAAAAGAACCUACACACAUUGGAAAAGCUUACCAGAGACCACCCCCAACUCCAGCCUAGGGCUUGAGUAAGGAGUCUCGAUCAAACCCCACACAGGUUUUUGUGUGGUUACAGUUCAUAAGGCCUCAGCUCAGAACAAGCACCUGCAGGAGUAGUUCCGUUUUACCUUUUUACAGCCCAGGCCUUUGAUCUUGUGACUCUGGGAACAGGUAACCAGCGGACAACGACCGUCUCCUCAGGGCAAACCUUCCGAUGGCGGGGUGGUGUGGAACUUGAAUCCCCCCCCCCUUUCCCUGAGGUUAUAUACAGUCACAAUCCCCGAUAAUACACAAACCAUUCAUUUAAUACAGUGGAUCCCAAAGCUACUUAAUUCAAUAAGGUCUCCUGAGGAUAUAGCAGUAAAUUGGCCUGUCUGUCACAGGGCCUUGCAUUCAAAAACUAAGCACUUGAAAUGUUGCAUUUUUUCAGUGAUGUUGCAUAUGAAAUUACCUCCUUUUGCAUGUCAACCAAAGAGUAGGGGAGACAGACAGGAGACAUUAGAGCAGGAAGACACUCCAGUGCCUGUUUUUAUUGGUCCAUUAGUAUACACGAGUCAGGUAAAUUGAGACAUAACAGCUCUCUUGAGCAGGGACCGUCUUUAAUGUGUCUGUUCAGAGCUAGGACAAGGCGGCCCUGGCGUCUAGAUGCUACUGCAAUACAUAUAAUAAAUAACAAAUCAAGUGGCUAAAACAGUGCAUGGCCUGCCUGAAAAAAGCACCUAUGGUGAGUAGGUGUGCAGCUGAGGGAGGCCAUGUAAUGGUUUUGUCCUUCUCCACCUGGGCUGUUUGGUGAUGGCAUACUGCAUGCGAUUAGUUACUAAUGGGAAGUGUUCUUUGGUUGGCAUGGCAUGGGGUACUCCAGUAUUUCCCCAAGUGUGAGGUAACUCCUUGGGAGGGCACCAAGUGGGACCAGUUGACAGGCAGGGACCGUCCUUUUGUUCUGUUUGUGCAGCACCUAGCAUAGUGGGGUUUAGGUCCAUGGAUAGGGCUCCAAAGUGCUAUGGUAAUACAAAUGAAUACUUUUCCAGCCUCGGUUUCAUUUAAAAGUCUCUAGCUCUCUUUGUUGGAAACCUUCAAAAUGUGACAUGAGUGACACCAAUGCAGCAACAUCUGCCUAAGUUACUGAGAUCCUGAAAGGAUAGCCCUGAGGGGGGAACUUUCCCAUUUAUUUCAGUGGCUGCUCGCUCAGAUACCAGUGACAAUACUUUAAAUGUAACAUUGCUAAUUGUUUUGCUGCUCAUCAAACCAUUUGAGAAAGAAGAGGAAGGAUCUUAUUACAAGGAUCUACACCAAAAUGAGGGGUACAGAAGAUGUAAAGCAUGAAAAUUGAUAGGUUUUUGCCUUGUUUUCCUGAAGGGGGCCCCAGCUAUCAAAAGUUUGGUAAAAAGAGGGGUACACAACAGAGGUGAAGGAUGCAAUAGAUAGGUGGAAGAGGAGACACCACUCUCUGGUGCUUUUAAAGAGUAUCCUUCACAAGCAAGUUGUGGUGUUUCAAAAACAACUCAGAUUAUCAGUAUUAGGGACACCUGAAAGCUGCAGCAAAUACAUGUCUUCAGUUCAGUUUUAAAUGCAAUGACAGAUUUUGUAUCCUAGAGUAAUUGUAUCAAUCUGUAACUUAUAUGCAGGGAGUUGACGUGCACAAGUCUAGGAAGAGCAAUGUAAAGAGAAUAUAUACUUAGCUUGCUGGACCCAGGAGGCUGUACUAGUGGCACGGAGGAGAAGCUAACCAUAAAUUAAUCAGAGCUCUGAUAGUCUGUGUUGCAUGUGGCUUACUUGCUCUCUGAAAGGAUCGUUCAUGCUACACCCUGGUGCUCACACACAGCAUGUUGCCUGUUACUAAGAGUUCAACUAACUAAUGAUUUUGUGCCUCUUAUCUACUAAUAUCUGUUCACAUUUGAAACUUGGUUGGCAUAUAAUAAAUUCUUGUUAAAUCUGGAGUGUUUGAAUGUCAGUGGCUG